CCGCCUUGAGCCAUCUAGCCUUUAUAUACAUAUCUAUGAUGAAGUGUUACGCAAGCAAGUUUGUCUGGACUUUGGCUGUACUACAACGAAAGCCACAAUCUUCAAACAUGUCUACUGCUGUUCAUGACAACGUAAAGAAUUAUUAUGGCUCACGCCUGGAAACUUCAGAGGACUUGCAGACCAAUGCUGCAUGCGUCAAGCCUUGCAGGCCGAUGCCCAAAAGUGCAUGUGAAGCCUUAAAACAAGUUCACCCAGAUGUGUGCAAGAGGUAUUUUGGUUGCGGUCUGGUGGUUCCAGAGAAGCUGGAGGGAUGUAAAGUUCUUGAUCUGGGUAGUGGAUCAGGCAGAGAUUGCUAUGUCCUAAGUAAACUGGUAGGAGAGAGGGGUCAAGUCAUUGGACUGGAUAUGACAGACGAGAUGAUAGUUGCCUCACAGAAAUAUGUCCAGUACCACCAGGAGAAGUUUGGAUACUUUAAACCAAACACUGUGUUUGUGAAAGGAUACAUGGAGAAUCUCAGUGAUGCAGGGAUACAGAACAACUCCUUGGAUGUAGUUGUGUCAAAUUGUGUGAUAUGUCUAUGCCCAGAUAAGAAAACUGUGAUAAGGGAAGCGUACAAAGUUCUUAAGGAGGGUGGAGAGUUGUAUUAUAGUGACAUGUAUGCAAACCAAGUUGUUCCAGACUCCUUCAAGGAAGAUCCAGUUUUGUGGGGCGAGGGAAUGGCUGGCGCCCUCUACUGGCAGGAUCUCAUCACUCUGAUGAAGGAGACGGGGUUCAGCGUUCCUCACCUGGUUGCAGGAAGUCACAUUGUGGUUCACAACCCAGAACUUCAAAAAAAGAUAGGUGAUGUUAAAUACGCAUCUGGAACUUACCGGAUCUUUAAAUUGCCUCAACAUUCCCUCAAGACAAAAGCACUUGUGACUUAUAAAGGCACCGUGCCUGACUGCGCUGACUAUUUUGAGUUUGAUGCAUCUCAUACUUUCCAGACAGAUGUUCCAGUGGAGGUGAGUUCAGAGAUGGCUGCAGUCCUCCAGUACACGCGUUUUUCUGCUGACUUUAGUAUCGUGAUGUUAGACACUCCAGAUCCAAACUUAUGUGACAACCCACAGUAUUGCCACCUCAGCCCGUUUCUUCUCGCGGAUAGACUUGGCUCCUCAGUGAAGCAGUGUUCGAAGACAGGACACUAAGGUGAUGCUAAUUAUGGGCGGAUUUCGGAGGAUGCCACCUUCACAGACCGAAUGCUCGCCUUUUGAGGUGGCAUCUUUAGAAGGUCGCAGCCCUUGAAAUUGGACACAGCCGUCUCCAGGUCACCGGAUUCCAUUUCAAGGAUUUGAUCAUAUAUUAAGCUUUUGGUAUUUUAUAAUAAAUAAAUAAAAAAUAAUAGUAAUUAUUUACUGACUGUAAUAUUUGUAUUCAAAUGCAUCACUAUGCUAAAUCAAACUCUUAGCGGCUCAGAUGUGUGUUUUUUUUUACUUUAUUUUGAUUCAGAUUUAUACCUGUUUAGGUCCUCACAUAAUGAAAUGAUGAAUUAAUUUGUUAUUUAAUAAUCAUUAAAGCAUACUGUAAUGGUUUUAUUUGUCUUCAACCUAAAGAAAGCUUGUUAAUGCAAUCAAUUAAAUGCUCAAUUAUAUUUAAUUAUAUUUUAUUUAUACAUUUUUUGAAAGUGUAAUAGAAAUUAUAUAGAUAAACUUACUGUAUAUAAUAU